ACAAAGUUUAUUGACAUCUUAUAAAUAAUGCCAUUGCCCUAGAAUUGCUCUCUGCUUCUUUUUUAAAAUAAGAAACCACUUUCCGAAACCUCCAAACGCAGCUUUAUUCUACUGCUCUCCUCGCCAUAUCCUAACUCUUUUGCUUCUUUCAUUUAUCCAACUUUAUGUCCCACGAUGGACAUGGUUCAAAAUCCAACUCUCGAACAAUCUAUGUACGCCAUGCUCAAGGGUAUGCGACAGAUUGACCACGAUAUCAACCACCUGAGAAACCGCCUCGCUUACAUCGAGUGGCGCAAAAACACGCUUACGAGUGCGUACGAGACAAUAUCUGACAAGUGGGAGCAAGAAACGAUGGAGUAUGAGCAAUAUUUGCUGCAGACACGGGAGUUCACGGCCGUGGUUGAGCAACGUAUUGUUGAGUAUGGCUCCCCAUAUGUCGAUCACUCUGCGAUGUAA